AUUCAGCUGCCACAAGCGCCGCUUGAUGGUUCAUCAGUGCCUGAUGCGCAAGGGUCAGUGGCGGUGUGUGAAAAAGUUUUGAAGCGAAAAUGUAUUCCUGAGAGAAGUCGUCCGCAAGCGUUUGGAUUUUUUCAACUAAUUCAACAACUAACGAACCCAAAAACCAGUGUGCGAAUGUGGGGAGCGGUUGGUUUUUGUCUGUGAGCUAGAGGAUUAUUGCUAAACGCUGUGAUUGUAGUGCAAACUACUAAAAGUUGGCAUUCCGUAUCAGCAAAAAAGUCUGCAUAUUUUCUUGCAGGCCGGAUAAGGUGAAAGACCCGGCGUUCGAUACAUCUGAGCACAGCUUUUAGCGGAUACGUAGUUUUCGAUCUAAGAUACAGGGAAUCUCACAAAUCGCAGCAUCAUGGGAAAGGAACUGCUGAACAAUAGUUCUUUCUAUCAACAGUUGAGAGCAACGCUGGUUCGCAAUUUCAAGCUGAAAAUAAGAGAUUCUAGAAAAACGAUCGCCGAAGUGUUCCUACCACUAUACACACUCGGUACGUUGAUAGUACUGAAGAUAUUGAUACCCAAUCCCAAUUUUCCCGCCAUAACGGAACCACGUGGAGCGGCCUCGCUUUUUGAGCAUUUUCAGCACCACAAAGCCCACACCAUCGCGGUUCUACCGCAGCCAAAUUCGUCUACUACCGUGCAAUUUCUUAACGAAGUCAACGAACUGUGGACAACCAACCGGCACCACACGGCUGGUAUCCAUCCGAUAAAAUGGAUCGUUUACGACACGCAGGACGAUCUAUUAUCUGCCUACUGGCGUGAUCCAGACAAGAUGCCGUUGGCAUUGAUUUUCCACAGCGAAGAUCCGCUGUACGGCCAGCUUCGGUACGAGAUUCGUACGAAUCCGUCGUUUUUCGUAACACCCUCCACUACGGAACUGUACUCGUCGCUGGUCACUUGUCGACAAUCAGACAGCUACUGGUCGGCCGUAAUACCGAUCGAAACCGGGGACUCCUGUCCGGUCAAUCAGUACUACUACUCGGGGUUCAUCGCGCUGCAGACGUUGCUGGACUACACCAAGAUUAAGAUUGUAACGCAAAACGAUGACAUUCAGAUACCUCACAUAACACUAGAGAUGUUUCCUAAGGAAGCCUACACGGGUAAUUGGAUGGUGGCGUUUAGGCUGGUCAUUCCCAUCUACAUGGUGAUGGCACUGUCUCAGUUCAUCACAUAUCUGCUAAUACUGAUCGUCGGGGAGAAAGAGAAUCACAUUAAGGAAGGUCUAAAGAUAAUGGGUCUACGUGACUCAGUUUUCUGGUGCGGGUGGUUCAUCAUCUACGCAGUGUUCGUUACCUUUCUGACGUUCGUUUCCGUAAUACUGCUUUUCUCGCUUGGCGUAUUUCAGAACACGAACUAUCUACCGGUGUUCAUUCUGAUUCUACUCUACAGUUUUUCAGUUAUUUUGAUUGGCUUCAUGAUAACGCCGUUUUUCGACAACUCCAGGACCGCCGGCAUUCUGGGUAACUUUGCUGUCAACAUUAUGUCGCUGCUGUACUUCUUGCAAGUGUUCAUAGACGAUACGCACACUUCAGCUGCCUUGUGGACCGUUUCGCUGAUAUCGCCGACCGGGUUUGCGCUUGCUAUGGAUAAAAUUCUGGUGCUCGAUAUCUCCGGUCAGGGUGUCACUCUGGAUAAUCUCUGGACUGGACCGGGUAUUCCAAUCGGCGGUUCGAUUCUCAUGCUGGUUGUUGACAUCCUGUUGUACGCCGCUCUGUCGUUCUACUUUGACUGUGUCAUACCCUCGGAUCACGGUACUAAACAACGGCCGUGUUUUUGUUUCAGUCGCCACUAUUGGUGUAAUAAGAAAGUACCGAAAGUACCGCUCCUAAACGGCGAGUCGGCCAACUCAUUCGUCAACAUGGACGAACAAAAGCGGGACAUAGAGCCGGUUUCACGCGAGAUGCGCGGUAAGGAAGCCAUCCGGAUAGUGGAUCUUCACAAGACGUUUCACUCUUGCAGAAAGCCGGCCGUCAAUGCGGUGAACGGCAUCAAUUUGACCAUCUACGAAGGUCAGAUCACAGCGAUACUAGGCCACAAUGGAGCUGGUAAGAGCACGUUGUUCAACAUUUUGACCGGCCUUACCUCACCAACAUCUGGAACGGUGUAUAUCUUCGGGUAUGAUAUUCGCGACCCCAACGAUAUGACAAUGAUUCGCAGAAUGACCGGUGUAUGUCCUCAGCAUGAUAUUUUGUUUGAAACUCUGACCCCGAAGGAACAUCUGUACUUUUUCGCUGCCGUUCGAGGAAUCGCUUUCAAUUUAAUAGAUAGUGAGGUGAAGAAAACGUUACGUGAUAUUGAUCUCUUUGACUCGGCCGAAACAAGAGUCAAGUAUUUGAGUGGAGGCCAAAAGCGUAAACUUUCGGUGGGUAUCGCGAUCAUCGGUGAUCCAAAGAUCAUCAUUCUGGACGAACCUACGGCAGGUGUUGAUCCUUACUCAAGACGACACAUGUGGUCUAUACUGCAGAAUCGUAAACACGGGAAGGUCAUUUUGUUGACCACUCAUUUUAUGGACGAAGCGGAUAUCCUCGCAGAACGAAAAGCAGUUGUUUCGAGGGGGCGUCUCCGCUGUUGUGGAUCGUCGUUGUUUUUGAAAAACAAAUUUGGUGUUGGGUAUCAUUUGACCUUAGUCUUGGAUACGUGUGCAUGUGAGACGUCCAUCACCAAGCUGGUUAAUGAGCAUGUGCCAAAGGCAGAAAAGGCUAGACGGCAUGGCCGAGAGCUUAGCUAUAUUUUGCCACAUGAUGCUGUUAAUUCUUUUGUUUCCCUGUUUGAUGAUAUUGAGAAGGAAAUUAAAUCCAAGCAGAUGAAUUUAGGAAUCUGUUCGUACGGUGUUUCGAUGACUACCUUGGAAGAAGUGUUUCUGCAUUUGGAAACUCAGCGUGAAGAAGAGCAGAAGGUAGAAAUCGAGGAAGAAGAAGAUGCUGCCUACGAAGAUAGUUUAAGUAGAAAGGUUAUGAAGAAUAGAGCUUUGCCAAGAAGUUUAUCCCUCCAGGAGAAAAGUAAUAGCUAUCAAUCGUUGAAGAAUGAUACGAAAAAUCUGCUAGAAGAGCAGAACAUGGAAAACAAAGCCUCGUUACCGGACAAUGGGUUGGAUUUCGAUACAAUCAUACCGGUCAAUGGGCUGUCGUCCGAUGUUGAGGCUGUCAGUAGAAGCGAGCGGAGCUCGGUCGUUGCGUCGCCCAAUUCAAAAGCCCAGAGGAAAAAGCACAGCAGAUCCCGAAACGGGGUCAGCAAAAGCACAAAAAGUAUUUACGAGGAUCCCACCCAUACCUCGUCAUCGGUUGUGAAAUUGAACAGUCAAAACAAAACCAACUGGAUGGACCUUGACGACAUCGAGCUGAAACCGUCUUGUUCCAACACCAUUGUAGCCCUACUAAAACUUAGAAUUACAAUACUUUUUCGUGACAUUCAACGUCUAUACCUGUUAAUCAUUCUACCGUUAGCAUUCACUGCGCUAGGUUUAUACUUGAACUCCAUCCAGGUAAUUUCGCCAGUGAUGCGUUCAAUCCUGCUAGACAACACUACGUACGGUAGUAACAUAACCAAGUUUGCCGUACAUGAUAAUACCAAUAGACUGCUUUCACAACAUACUCUUUACCAUCAUCACCAGUUGCAGCAAUCAUCACCCUCGCCGCCAUUGCUGCUGCAUCAGAAACAUCAUCAACAUCAGCACAACACCCAACAACAGUCCAAAGAAUCGUCAUAUCUCUAUCAUCGUUUCAUUGCCGAACUGAAGCAAUCCUCGAACGUUACCGAAGACUAUAGCGGAAACUUUUCGUUGCUGCUGGACAUGGCGCCGCACAUGGCCGCAUUCAACGUGAACUCUAUAUCAUGGUCAAAUGUGUCAAUAACUACAUUGUACAAUGAUACUACUCAACAUAGUCUCCCAAUAAUCUUAAAUCUUAUAAGUAAUACCUUGUUGCGUAUGUUUGCGAAUCUGGGGACGCCAGUGGGUCAGCAAGCUGUUUACCGUCAUCAACGAAUCGGUAGUAAGCAGUAUGGCACCGUUGACGACGGAGAAGAGUUGCCACAGGCAGACGACGCGAUGGAUUCGACAUCUUCGAUAACGCCGUCGGUCGUUGCGACGGCUGUUGAAUCGAUUCUUAACAUCGAAAUGCAUUCGCAUCCAUUUCAGCAGACAGCACAGCCCCAAGAGUUCAACAUAGGUACGUUCUCGUCGGCUCUGUUUGUCGGAAUGAUCUUCGUGCUGAUCCCGGUGUCACUGGCCGUCGAUAUGGUGUACGAUCGUGAGAUGAAAGCGAAGAACCAGUUGCGUGUGAAUGGCCUCUCGUCGGCACUGUAUCUAUCAGCUUACUUUAUAGUUCUGUCUGGGUUAAUGCUACUGAUAUGCGCUGCUCUGCUUGGCUUGGUGUUUCUGUUCGAUAUUCCUUCCUUCAGACAGCCACCUGCACUGAUCACACUGGGUCUACUGGUGUUCCUGUACUCCCCUGCGGGGAUUCUCUGUUCUACGUGCUUUUCCUACUUUUUCGACCGCACGGAUUCAGCGCAGUCUAUUCUACCUAAUAUUCUAACCUUUGUCGGACUGAUCCCCUUUAUAUUGGUAGUGUUUUUAGAUAUGCUAGGAAUUGAGGUAAAAGCAGCCAUCGCCUUGCACUACGUAUUCUCGCUGCUUAACCCGAUGUACAUUCCGUACGCGGCGGUAUACUUUGUCGAUCGGGUUUACAUCGCCUGCCGGCUAAGCUCGGCCUGCGCGGAACUCUCGAUGGCACACUACAUGACGGAGGAGAUGAUAGUGAUGGUAUGCGGAUGUCUGCUGCACAUCCCCAUCUGGGCGUUCUGUUUGCGUAUUUCGGAUAUCGUGAAAAGCGGAGGUCGCAUGCGGGACAUGUUUCAUCGUGCUCCGAGUGAGGAAGAUAUUGUGACGGAAGAGCAAUGCAUCGGCGAGUACGAGGAUGAAGAUGUGCGAAAUGAAAGAGCCAAAAUAUUUCGUCUCACUAGUCAGGAGCAGGCAAGCCAAACGCAACCAGUAGUUUUGGUGAAGAGCCUACGAAAAGAAUUCUCGCAAGAAUCACUGUGUUCGUCAUGCUGCUGUUGCUCAGACGACGAACCCCCUAGAAAGAAGGUAUCCGUCCGAAGCCUUUCGUUUGCCGUGGAUGCCGGUGAAGUACUCGGUUUGUUGGGGCACAAUGGUGCUGGAAAGACAACCACCAUGAAGAUAAUGACCGGAGAAACGGUACCUACAACGGGAAUGGUUCGUGUUGCCGGUCACAGCAUUACCAUCAAUCAGGAUGAUGCGUUCAAGACGCUGGGCUACUGUCCGCAACAUGAUGCGUUGUGGAAGAACAUUACGGUACGGGAGCACUUGGAGCUAUAUGCUCGUAUUCGGGGUGUCUGUAGGAAGGAUUUGAAUCGUCUGGUUACCACCUAUCUCACUGGACUGCAUAUAAACGAGCAUGCUAAUAAGCAAACUCAGCACUGCUCCGGUGGAACUCGUCGGAAGCUAAGUUACGCAAUGGCGAUGGUUGGGGCUCCUAAAGUGGUUCUGUUGGACGAACCGUCCACAGGGAUGGAUCCCAAGUCGAAGCGAUUCCUGUGGGAUACAAUAUUGGCAAGCUUCCAUGGUAAACGAUGCGCAAUGCUGACAACUCACUCGAUGGAGGAAGCGGAUGCUUUGUGUUCACGUGUCGGUAUUAUGGUGAAGGGCGAACUGAGGUGCCUUGGUUCCACACAGCACUUGAAGAAUCUGUACGGUGCGGGUUAUACGCUGGAAAUUAAGUUGAAGCACGUCGAAAGUGUGUACAGUGAAACGCCUAUAGAAAGUCAACCUAGCAGCAGCCAGGAGCAGCUACAGUUGGACCAGAGCGUAGAUCACAUUGCUGCGACUCCGGUCAUCAGUAAUUGUAUCGACAAUCGAUCGAUGGCGUUGCGUAACUUCGUGACAGAUCUCUUCCCUAGUGCCACGCUGGAAGAAAGUUUCGCAGACCGGCUGGUGUACUCAGUGCCACAGCAGGUCGUCAGUUCGCUGGCGGAGUGUUUUUCACGACUCGAGAAAGCCAAAACAGAACUGGACAUCGAGGAAUACUCAUUUAGUCAAACCACGCUCGAGCAGGUGUUCCUGAAAUUUGCGCACUACGACGAAGAAACCUCCAACGUGCAGUAGUGCGUCUGUCCCGAGCUUCCGACGCAAGGCGACUGUACGCUGGGCGUGUGCGCGCUUGCCAGAUUGGGACGCGUUGUUUCUGUAUAAAUGAUAAGCUAAUAACUAGCGAUAAGUAAAUUUAAUUGCAAAGUAAUUAUUUAAUUAUAAAAAAAAUAAAAGCAUCUUAUAAAGACAACAUGAAAAAGGGAAACCCAAACCAGCUAAAUUGAUUAAUCGUAACGAAUAACUCUAAAUUACAAAGAUAAUAAAAAGUGAAAUUACAAUAAGACAAAAUUGAAAACAACAAAAAGACAUGGAACAAGUGACAAAAGACCCACGGGAGUAAUCAUAAUACGAAAUUUAGAUUACCUACACGAGGGGAAAGUGAUCCAAAAAAUGAGGGCUAAAUCGUAGAAUUUGAUUUACAUCUGUGAUUUAUUACGUUGAGUAAACCAAAAAAUUGAUAAAACCCGAACGGUGAAAACAUACGGUUCAAUAAAAUUGCAAGAUAA